GUCAAAGAUUGGAGUUUUUUCGUCUCUUCUUGCCAGUUAAUUCUUGCCGAAAAUUCAAAAUGGAAACACUCUUAUUUUUAUUGCGCACACGUGUUGUUUAUUUUGAUUUGUUUUUUUUUACGAGAAUUUGAUAGAUUUGUACUCCAUAAUAUAGUUUACAUUAUAAAAUGAAGAAAUGCAAUGUUUGUAAGUUAACAGAAAGCAAAUACAGAUGCCCAACGUGUAGAAUUUUGUAGUAAGUUUAUAACUUUUAUAAAUAGUUCAUAUAUAUGUUCAGUUCAGGUUGGAAUUUCGAAUUGUUCAAUAUUGCAAUAAACCCUUGAUACAGUAUUGACAAUUAUUUCCUUGGUCUGUGAACCUCAUUCUCAUAACUUUUGAUCCAAUGACUUUUUGUCUUGAAGCACACAAGUGAGGUCAUAUAUUGGACAGCUGACAAGAGUCUGACCUCUUGUUGGUGCAUAUGAUUUUGGCAUAACUUUGCCAUCUUAGCCAGUUUAUAUGAUAUGAGAGGCAUUUACCCCCAGAAAAUAUUCAAAAUGGUGGACGUUCAGGUGGUGAAUGCCUGUCGUAAGUGCACUGACUUGGAACAUGACAUGAAUGGGUCGUUCCAGAAAAGAUCCACACUCCCCCACAGAGGAAAUUUCUGCCGUCCGGAGGAGGAGGGGAGACGAAAUUGUAUCUGAUAAUAGUAAAUGUAUUAGGACAUCCAAAGGGGGUAGGGGGGUUAACUUCCAAUUUCCUCCGUAGGGGUGGUAUGGAUAUUUUCUGGAAUGACCCAAUCAUAUGUGGCAGUGUUUAUGUUUUUUUGGCCGAGUCAGACUUCUGUAAAGGCAAAGCGACCAAUUUUAAUCAUGUGAAAAAUCAGUUGCGUGGGCAUGCCAAGAAAGUUGAAUGUGGUUCUACUUUCAUGGCAUGUCUGCGAGCAGUCUGGCGGACAAAAAAUGCACAGGUUAGACAACUACAGAGAAAGUUGAGUAAUGUUCGCUUCGCCUGUGCAGGCAAAGCGACUGCAAUGGAAAAUGGCCUUUAAGUAUUGUUUAAUAAACGAGCAGGAGUGUUUUAUUAGGUUUAAAGCUUAGACCUAAUAAAACGUUAAAACGGUUAAAGUUUAGACCUAAUAAAACACGACCUGCAAGUUUAUUGAACGGCUUCAAACACAACUUCACAUUUGAUAGAUAUACUGCCUUAUUAGUAUUUUUUAUAUAAAAAAUAAAGAAUACUAAUUAGGAGUGUUUUAUCAGGUUUAAAGCCACUGCAUGUGACAUAUUAUGGUUGAAAUGAUUUGCCAAUAAGCUUAUGAAUUAUUAAUGAGUGUUUGAAGUGUAUAUUAUGUAUAGUGAGGCUCCCAGGCCAAGGAAGUAUUGGUGACGUAAUCAAGGCUCAUUAAAAUUUUUUGUGUGAACAAAAUUCAAAAUAUGCCUGCAAAAUGCAUCUUACAGUAUUUUUAAAUUUUGUGACCUAAACAGUGUUAAAAAUUCAGAAUUUUAAAAUAUGCCUGCAAAAAUUCAAAAAGUGCCUGUGAGCAGCAUUUGUACACUUGUGUAUUUUAGUGAAGGAUGAACAUAUAAUUGCAAAUUAAACUAAAAAUUGUUCUAAAUUUCAUUGCAGUUGUUCUGUAGGAUGUUACAAGACACACAAAGGUAUAUUUUCAGAAUUAAAGUAGCUGUAGUUAUUGGGGGAAUGUUUCACUUUCCACAUAUAAACUCCCAGUCCUCACCUGGAUUUGCUUGCAUAAACUGACCACAGGAUCCCUUAAUUUAUAUUAAUAACAAUAAAAACUAAUAUACCUUUCAAUAUCCUGUUAUUCAAUUCAAGAUAAUUUAUGUAAGGAAAUAAGACCACCACAAGAAACAGUUUGCAAUAUGGUCACAAAUGGCAGUUUUGUAACUAAAGGUAAAUUUACUAGUUUAAAUAAUUAAUACCAUACUUAGUAACUGUUUGAAUGGUGAGGUGUUAGCCUGGUUGACAGAGGGCCAAUUGUUAUUAAUGAUCACCCCUUGAGUUGGCUUAGCGUGGGGUUGUUCUUUUGAAACUUGUUCAAUGGCAAGAUCGCACGAGGCUUUGUUCACAGACUUGACCCCUUUUUUCCAGCAAACUCAAGGUUCUUCAAUCAAAACAACUGGAGAACUUUUUUUUAAACUUGUUUCACACUAUAAUAUCAUAAUGACCUUAUAGUACUCACCUUAUAUUAAUUGGUCUAACUUAUGUUACAGUCUAUAAGAGGAGCAUUUUAAUGUUCCAAGAAUUUUAUUAUUUUUCAGGCAGAACUUGUUUAUAUUAUUGACACUAGAGCCAACAGAUCACGACACUCUUGUAUAUAAAAAGAGCGUGUGAAUUAAACAAGUCACAUAUUAUUAGCACUGAUGAAGAUCCGGGCUUACGGAUCGAAAGCUUUGCAGUAAUAAAUUUACGUGGUGUUUCCACAAACAAAAACAAUUGUUAUUGACACUACCUACACUGCAAACAGUUAAGGUUAUAAGAGGAGACCCUGCUCUAUGGACCUUUGAUAGUUUUCUUCUCACGUGCACCUGAGAAUUUUGUGUAUACUGUACUGCAAGAGUCGAACCCCAGUGUAAACAUUCCUAUCAAACUCUAUAUAUUUUAGAAAUGGAGCCAGGUGAAUUGACAGAUGAUGAAUCAGAUAAUGAGGAUAAUGUUAGUCAAGAAAAGUUGUCUCUGUUAGGUAAAUUAUUUGUGUUGUAAAAAGUUACUUCAUAAGCUAUCAACUAGCCUGCAUGCAUGUAAACACAAUUGUCUUCUGGGGAAGACUUACUUUGCUACUCUGGCUUGAUUGAGCUUGUGUAAAUGGAGUAUAUAAAAUUAUAAAUCUUGGACUAGAUAAAACUUGAACUACCUCAUUCCUAAUUCAGUUCUCAUUUUAUCCCAUGUUCUGUAGUACCAGGCAGUUUUACUCAUCUUUAAUCUUCAUAUUUCCUACUACCCUUUUAGAAAACUCGCAAACAAUUAAAGACAUGCUGGUAAACAAACAUUUGCAACAAAUUUUGAAGACCAUUGAUAACCAUGAAAAUGGGGAAAAAGAACUUGAUUCUGCUAUGCAACUGCCCUUGUUUGCAGAGUUUGCUAAUGAAUGUUUAAAACUUGUAGAUGAUAGAUUAGAGGAAAGAGCUACACAGCAAGCUUGAAGCAUUGUUUUAUCAGUGUUUAUCAUCAUGCAAACUUUAUACAAUGAACCUUUAUAUCCAGGGCUGUAUGUAGGAUUUUUUCAACAGGGGGCAGUAAGGCCUGCCCUAUAUGCCAAGAAAAGUCCAGAAUAUCCAAAGAAUAAUUAACAAUGACGUUCUAAAAAUCAUAAAUAUAGUUUUUUUCUAGGGGUACAGUUGCCCCCUGCCCCCCCCCCCACUGUGUACAGCCCUGUUUAAAUAAAUUAAAGAUGACAAUUGACUGUUAUAUGUUAUACUAAUAAAGGUGAAUUAAUGAAGAUUACAGAAUUUAAACAUGUGGGGUGAUCCCACAACUAAAUCCUACUAAACUAACAUAUUAUAUUACAACUAUGAUGCUUUUUUGUUUUUAUUCUAUAUGGAACAGGUAUAAAAAUAAAUAUGCUAUAAGACCAGUGUCAGUAAUUUAGUUGGCUGGCUCAGUAUCAUGAGUUUCCAUAAUAUGUAAUAUAAGUUCUCUGUGCAUACCAAACACCACAUUACAAAUAGAGCAAACGUAUCCAACACCAGAUGUUUCUGGUUUUUGUAAUUCUUGACAAAGAGUGCAUUCACAGUGAGGUUCACAAUGACUUGUAUUUUCUGCACAUUCCUUGGAGUUUGAUGUCUGUGUAUGGCAAGACUCCUCAUCACAUGGUUUCAUAAAUUCCAUGUUGUUAACAUUGUGUUCUGGAAGUAUUUCGUCAGUUUGUAAUUCAGUCGAUCCACUGUCAUUUACAUCACGUUCAAUAGAAUUGUCAUCAGUGUGUGCUCUUUUAUGUUCCAUUAGACUUCCUGAACAUAUAAAUCCUUUAUGACAAACAUCACAUUCAUAAGGCAUAUUGACCAUAUUGGCAGGGUGUGUCUUUUUAUGUCUAAGUAAAACACUUGAUUGAGCAAAUCUUUUCAUGCAAAUAUAACACUCGUAGGGCUUUUCCCCAGUGUGCGUUCGUUUGUGGGAAAUUAAAGUACUUGAUUGGGAAAAUCGUUUCUUGCAAACAUCACAUUCAAAAGGUUUCUCUCCAGUGUGCAUUCUUUUAUGUUUUAGCAAAUAACCCGAUUCCAAAAAUCGUUUCUUGCACACAUCACAUUCAUAAGGCUUUUCUCCUGCAUGUGCUUUUUUUUGUAUGCGUUUUUGGCCAGUGUGUGUUCUCUUAUGGCAAGCUAAAGCACUUGUUUGGGAAAACCGUUUCUUGCAAACAUCGCAUUCGUACGGUUUUUCCCCAGUGUGUGUUCUUCUAUGUAUUGUCAAAUGACUUGAUUGUGAAAAUCUUUUCUUGCAAACAAGGCAUUCAUAUUUUUUCUCACAAGUGUGCACUCUUUUAUGUUGUAUCAAACCAUUUGAGCCCGGAAAUCGUUUCUUACAAACAUCACACUCGUAAGGCCUUUCUCCAGUGUGUGAUCUUUUGUGUACCACUAAACUACAUCGAUAAGAAAACACUUUCAUACAAACGUCACAUUCAUAUUUUGUCUCGCCAGUGUGCGUUCUUUUAUGUUUUAGCAAAUAACUCGAUUCCAAAAAUCUUUUCUUGCACACAUCACAUUCAUAAGGCUUUUCUCCUGCAUGUGCUUUUUUUUGUACGCGUUUUUGGCCAGUGUGUGUUCUCUUAUGGCAAGCUAAAGCACUUGUUUGGGGAAAUCGUUUCUUGCAAACAUCACAUUCGUACGGUUUUUCCCCAGUGUGUGUUCUUCUAUGUAUUGUCAAAUGACUUGAUUGCGAAAAUCUCUUCUUGCAAACAAGGCAUUCAUAUUUUUUCUCACAAGUGUGCACUCUUUUAUGUUGUAUCAAACCAUUUGAGCCCGGAAAUCGUUUCUUGCAAACAUCGCACUCAUAAGGCCUUUCUCCAGUGUGUGAUCUUUUGUGUACCACUAAACUACAUCGAUAAGAAAACACUUUCAUACAAACGUCACAUUCAUAUUUUGUCUCGCCAGUGUGCGUUCUUUUAUGUUUUAGCAAAUAACUCGAUUCCAAAAAUCUUUUCUUGCACACAUCACAUUCAUAAGGCUUUUCUCCUGCAUGUGCUUUUUUUUGUACGCGUUUUUGGCCAGUGUGUGUUCUCUUAUGGCAAGCUAAAGCACUUGUUUGGGGAAAUCGUUUCUUGCAAACAUCACAUUCGUACGGUUUUUCCCCAGUGUGUGUUCUUCUAUGUAUUGUCAAAUGACUUGAUUGCGAAAAUCUCUUCUUGCAAACAAGGCAUUCAUAUUUUUUCUCACAAGUGUGCACUCUUUUAUGUUGUAUCAAACCAUUUGAGCCCGGAAAUCGUUUCUUGCAAACAUCGCACUCAUAAGGCCUUUCUCCAGUGUGUGAUCUUUUGUGUACCACUAAACUACAUCGAUAAGAAAACACUUUCAUACAAACGUCACAUUCAUAUUUUGUCUCGCCAGUGUGCGUUUUUUUAUGGCUUAGUAAAUUUCUUGAAUCUGAAAAUCUUUUCUUGCAAACAUCACAUUCAUAAGGCGUUUCUCCAGUAUGUGUUCGCUUAUGAAUUUUUAAACCCUGCACUUGUAAAAAUUGUUUCUUGCAAACAUCGCAUUCAAAAGGUUUUUUGUCUUCGUGGUGUGUUCUUAUAUGUUUUAUAAAAGCGUUUGAUUGGAAAAAUUUUUCGUUGCAAACAUCACAUUCAAACGUUUUGUCAGGGGUAUGAGUUUUUUUAUGCUUUCGCACGCUACUGGAAUAUGAAAAGGUUUUCUUGCAAACAUCACAUUCAUAAGGUUUUCCCCCAGUGUGUGUAUGAGUUUCUUUAUGGUUUCGCAAGCUACUGGAAUAUGAAAAGGUUUUCUUGCAAACAUCACAUUCAUAAGGUUUUUCCCCAGUGUGUGUUCGUUUAUGUACAACCAAGCUACCCGAUUGUGUGAAUUGUUUAUUGCACACGUCACAUUCGUAAGGUUUGUCCCCAGUGUGUAGUGUUUUAUGUUUUAGUAAUUGAUUGGAUGAUAAAAAUAUUUUCUUGCAAACAUCACAUUCAUAAGGCUUUUUUCCAGUGUGCCUUUUUUUAUGUCUUUGUAGGCCAUUUGGCUGUGCAAAUCUCUUAUCACAAAGAUCACAUAUAUAAGCUUUUUCUCCAGAGUGUAAUCGUUUAUGAUUGAUCAAAUUGUAUGAUUGGGAAAAUCGUUUCUGGCAAACAUCACAUUCAUAAGGCUUUUCUUGACUAUGUGUUCUGUUAUGAUUGAUCAAAUUAUUUGAAUUGUAAAAUGAUUUCUUGCAAACACCACUUUCUUGAGGUUUUCCCAAAAGGUGUGCUCUUUUAUGGUUUUUAAAAUUGAUAGAUUUGGAAAACCUUUUGUUGCAAACAUCACAUUCGUAAGACUUUCCUCCAAGGUGCUUUCUUUUAUGUUUUAGUAGGCCAUUUGGUUGUGCAAAUCUCUUAUCACAAAGAUCACACAGAUAAGCUUUUUCUCCACAAUGUAACCUUUUAUGAUUUAUCAAAUUGUGUGAUUGAGAAAAUCGUUUCUGGCAAACAUCACAUUCAUAAGGCUUUUCUCCAGUAUGUGUUCUGUUAUGAUUGAUUAAAUUACUUGAAUUGCCAAAUCUCCUCUUGCAAAUAUUACACUCAUAUUUUUUCUCACCAGUAUGCACACUCUCAGAUUUCGUAGUAUCCAUGGGAAAUUAAUACGC